AUGAAAGCCAAGACGGCCGAGGAUGCAUUACGGCCGAAGAAACCCUCUAGAAAGGAAAAAUUCACGGAAGAGAACGUCGACCUGGAAUCUCGGGAUCAUCAGAGAAAGGCCCUGAGGGAGGAGGAGACGGGGAUGAAGACAGAGACGCUAAAAGAAAAGACAACCAAAGAUGCCUCACGACCAAAGACAAGGUCUAGAGACGAGCGAACCGCAAACAAGAGUGUUCAGUCCCGAUCUGAGGGUGAUCAAGAAACGACCGCUAGCAGUGAGGCUAGAAGAGAGAAGAAGAAGAGACACGAGUGA